CCCAGUCUCGGUCCCCGCCGGCCGCAGCCCGGGAUGGAGCCGCCGCCGCUGCCGCUGCUCUCGGGGGCCUGCGUCGCCUGCACCCUCGGCAUGUUCGCCACGGGCCUCUGGUUCACGCAGCCUGAGUGCGGACGCAGCGGGUGGAGGCGCUGCCAGCGCGGGACGUGUCCCGUCAGGGGCGGGGACUGACCUGCGCCAGAUGUUUCGCACAAGGAGUGUGGAGAAUAUCCAGUUCCUGCCCUUCCUUACCACCGAUGUAAAUAACCUGAGCUGGCUGAGCUACGGGUGCUUGAAGCAGGACUGGACACUGAUCACCGUGAACGCCAUCGGGGCGGCGCUGCAGACCCUGUAUAUCCUGGUGUACCUCUAUUUCAGCCCCGAGAAGCGCCGGGUUCUGCUGCAGAGCGUGGCCCUGCUGGGGGUGCUGACCCUCGGCUUCUGCUACUUCAACCUCCUGACCCCAGACGUGGACGUGCGCCUGGCACACCUGGGGCUCUUCUGCAGUGUCUUCACCAUCAGCAUGUACCUCUCGCCCCUGGCUGUCUUGGCCAAGGUCAUCCGGACCAGGUCAACCCGGUGCCUGUCCUUCCCACUGACUGUGGCCACCUUCCUGGCCUCGGCCAGCUGGACGCUCUAUGGCCUCCAGCUCAAUGACCUCUACAUCAUGGUCCCUAACGUCCCCGGGAUAGUCACCAGCAUCCUGCGGCUCUGGUUAUUCUGGCAGUUCCCUCCGGACCAGGACAAGCUCUACAAGCCCCUGCAGGCCUGAGGCCUGGGACCUGCCAUCUCCGCCGUCCUGGGGCAGGAAGAAGCAUCACUGAGCCCUUGUGGUGGGGAGCCAGCGGCAGGUGCAGACCCAGCUCCUCAGCCCGUGGGUCGAAUGAUUUCCCUCCCCCCAGUACCUUCACUGACCGAUGAAGGGAGGAGCCAAUGCUCACACUGUGAUUCUACUGCCCUUGCCCCUGCCCUGGUGGCGGCCCCUGCCAGCCGCCCCUUAGGCCUGCCUUAGCCAAAGAGCCUUGCACGGCACUACACGGGUACUGCCCCCUGCCUGGGGCUCUGCUGCUCCUGGGGGGCUCUGAGGAGUCAUGGCUGCCUUGCCGCAAGGGAUGCCCCCACACCUCCAGCCAUUUUCAUUUUUCUUUGGUUUGCUCUAUUGGGAAUAGUGCCUUUGACACUUCAGCAGUGCCCCUGCACCAACCCCCAUGCACCUGGCCAGCUCUGGGGACUCUCUUCCUCCCUGCUGUGCUCAACCAUUCUAGGGGGGCUGUGGUGGGAGCCAAGUGCGGUGCUGGGGGGCUGCCCUCUUCUCUGUUGGAUGCCUUGGUUUGUAGUGCUGUUUUGUAUGAGCAUAAGUGCCUUUUAAUAAAUCAAAGCCAGAG